UUCCUCAAUGGCGUUGACUAAGGAAGAGCAAUUAGAUGAGAUACAAAGCCAAUUUUCCGAGUUUAAUACACCAGAAACCAAACAAAUUUUCCGAGUUUCAUACACCAAAACAAUCUUUCAAACUUCUUUUCUGAAAACCAAAUUAUGGAUGCAGCACAAGCGGUGGGAGGUGCUUAGUUUCCUGUAGAUUACCCUACAGGUGGUCAAUCAGAGAAGCUAAUUAUGUAUUUUUUUGGUUUUUAUGUUCAUGGUGCCAUCAUUUUUCAUUAAUAUAUUUUUGGAUGUGUGCUCAAAUACUAUGUGAUUUAAAAUAUUAGUUUUGUUUUAUUUUCGUAGAAUUGAACUUUUACAUACAAGCUUUCUGGCAGAUCUUUUGCUACAGAUUUGGCUGUGGAGUCUGGAAGAUUCCCUGUCGAUCAUUUUGUUGCAAUUCCUGGUAUGAAUAUAAUUUUAUUUUAGUAGAAUUUUCAUUGGGUGCUUGUUGACUGAUCGGUUCAGCACCAUGUCAUGUGGAUGAAAAUCAUCCUGAUAUUCUGUUUGGCAGUGAUUUUGAAACAUCGGAAAAUACCCUUUUGCGCUAAUACUGUUUAGAUCAUAAUGUAAUGAUUUCUAUGUUAUGCAAUUUUCCUAUCCUAACAUUUUCUUCACUGUAUACUAUUUUUUAUUUUUUGUCAAUUUCUUUUUAACAAAUUAACAAUAAAUGUUAAAAUCCUUUUAAAUUAAACAAUUUUCAUUUUAACAAAUUAACAAUAAAUGUUAAAAUCCUUUUAAAUUAAACAAUUUUCAUAAUGGAAAGACAAAAAGCAAAAAGAAAUAAAAAAACAAAACAAAAACAUUAAAAUGAGGUAGCAUCGCAUAUGGUAUCCUGAAGACUUAUAUUCUCUAAUAGAGUAAUACAAUCUGAAAUUUUUUCUUUCUUUGCUAUUAGAGAGUUUCCUUUGAUCGUGUUGCAAUUUCCUUUGGCAUAUAGUCGUCAAAACAUGGCAGCAGAAGUGGUGGUUGGAGCUAUGCUCGCUUCUUCCCUCGAUGGGUUGUUUAAGAGGAUGGCUUCGCAGGAGGUCCUUGAAUUCUUCCAAAGAAAGAGGCUCAGUGAUCAGCUGCUAAAGAAGAUGAAGUUGAAGUUGCUGUCAGCCAAUGCGGUGCUGAAUGAUGCUGAGAAGAAGCAAAUAGAAAACCCGAAUGUGAAAAAGUGGCUUGAUGAACUCCAACAAGUAAUUUAUGAUGCACAGGACUUGAUGGAUAGCAUCAACACUGAAGCUUUGGAACGCAAAGUGGAAGGUGAAUCUGCAUCGUUUAAGUUGAGGAGAAUCUUCUCAACUACAAAUAGAACAGAUCAAAAGGUAGAGGAGAUCCUUGAUUUAUUAGAAUAUAUUUUAAAUGAAAAAGAUCAACUUGGUUUGCAAGGUGGUGUUCAAAACAUGCUUUUACAAAGAACGCCUGCAACUUCUUUGGUGGAAGAAUCUGGCAUUUAUGGUAGGAAUUCUGAAAAAGAUGCCAUCAUUAAGUUUUUGUUAUCAGAUGAAAUUACAAGCAACAACAAGAUAUCUGUAAUUCCCAUCGUAGGCAUGGGUGGGGUUGGGAAGACCACUCUUGCUCAGCUCAUUUACAAUGAUGACAGGGUGGAGAAAUGUUUUGACUGCAAAGUAUGGGUUCAUGUAUCAGAAGAAUUUGACAUUUUGAGGAUAACAAAAAUAAUUGCAGACAAAGUCCACGAACAAUUAAAAACAAUUGAAAACGGAGUCACCACAAAAAAAGAUGAUGGCAAUGACCUAGAUACUCUUCAAGUCAGGUUGAAGGAAGAUCUAAAAGGAAAAAUGUUUCUGCUCGUUCUCGAUGAUGUUUGGAAUGAGAGGUACGAAAGCUGGGAUGAGUUAAAAAAACCUUUUGCAUCUGUAGCUUGCGGAAGUAAAAUCAUUGUGACCACACGAAAUGAAGGUGUUGCUUCGGUGAUGCGUGAUGUUCCAUCUUAUCAGUUAGGAACGUUGUCUGGUGAUGAUUGUUGGAAAUUGUUUGUAAAACAUGCCUUCAACAAUGUAGAUCAGCCAUCUUCCCAUCCAAAAUUAGAAGAAAUUGGCAGAAAAAUUGUCCAAAAGUGUCAAGGGCUUCCUUUGGCAAUAAAGUCGCUUGGUGGUCUCUUACGUCAUCAACUAAAUCCAGAAGAAUGGAUGAAAAUACUACACAGUGACCUAUGGGAAUUGCCCAAAGAGAAAAAUAGUAUUCUUCCAGUUUUAUGGAUAAGUUAUCAUUAUUUACCUGCACAUCUUAAACGAUGUUUUUCUUACUGCUCAUUGUUCCCCAAAAACCAUACAAUUGAUAAAGAUGAAUUAAUCAAAUUAUGGAUGGCUGAAGAUCUUAUCCAACCCUCAGGAAAGAAGAUGAUAGAAGAAGUUGGCGAAGAGUACUUUCAUGAAUUAUUAUCAAGAUCAUUAUUUCAACAAUCAAAAGGCAGAUAUGGAUCAAUUUAUUUUGGCAUGCAUGACCUCGUGAACGAUUUAGCUACAUUUAUAAGUGAAGAAUUAUCUUUGAGAUGGAAUGAAGGAGACUCAAUUAAGCCUUCAAGAAAGAUUCGUCAUUUGUCACAUUUCGGAUCAUGUGGUGAUCGUGGUAUGGAGAACUAUAAAGAUUUACUUAGAGAUAAUCAUAAGUAUCUGCGCACCGUGUUCUUCUCACCAUUUUCUUAUGACACACAUUUGUACAAGUACAAAGUAAUCCAAAAGUUAUUCACAUUAUCAAGCUUGAGAGUGCUAUCUUUGGUUAACUUUCGUAUUUUGAAGUUGCCUGAUUCAAUUGGGAACUUGAAAUCUCUAAGAUAUUUGGAUUUAUCGUCCACUGAAAUUGACGAGUUGCCAAAUACAGUAUGUACUUUGUACAAUCUGCAGACAUUACUUUUGAGAAAUUGUGCAUGGCUAAAGCGGUUGCCAGCUGACAUGGGAAAGCUAAUUAGCUUGUGCCAUCUUGAUCUUGAUAAUGAAUUAUGGCAUCCAACGCCGCUAGGAAUUGGUACUUUGAAUGAUUUGCAAACAUUACCUUAUUUUAUUGUGCGUAAACAAAGACAUAGUGGGUCUAACAUUAAGGAUUUGCAAGAUCUUCAACUUUUGAGAGGUAGUCUUCGGAUUUUAGAGCUUGAAAAUGUUAUAAAUGUUGAAGAUGUCUUGAUGGCCAAUUUGAAGGAUAAGCAGUACCUCAGCAACUUAGAAUUUGAUUGGAGCUUUACUAAUUCUGGUAGUUAUUGCCCCCCAUUGCAUGAACAGGUACUGGAUAGAUUGCAACCUCACACAAACAUCAAGUUUAUCAAAAUUUCAUAUUACAUGAGUGAACAAUUUCCAAACUGGAUUGGAGAUAAUUCAUUUUGUAAUUUAGAACGGAUGCACCUACUUGGAUGUAAAAGAUGUUUUCUGUUGCCACCACUUGGUCAGCUUCCAUUUCUAAAAGAACUUGAGAUUAGAGGAUUUGAUGAACUGAAAAAAAUAGGUGAGGAGUUCUAUUGUAACGUGGGUUGUUCGAUGGUAAAUAAGCCAUUUAGAUGCUUAGAAUUGUUGCAAUUCCAAGAUAUGCCAGAGUGGAAAGAGUGGUCAUUUAUUGAAAAGGAUGGAGUUGAUCAUUUCCCUAGUCUUAAGAAGCUUUAUCUAAGUAAUUGUCCGAAAUUAACAGGAUGCCUAUGCUUACUUGAAACUCUAGAAACUGUCCAACUUAGCCAAUGCAACAAACUAGAGUUCCCAGGUAAGCAUUGCUAUGCAUCCCUUAAAGAGAUGGAAAUAAAGUCAAGUUGUCAUUUCAUGAAGUCCAUUCAUUUGGACUACUUACCAAUGCUUAAUCGGCUUCUUUUGGAGGGCCUCGAAAGCCUGGAAUUGGCUUCUUUUGGAGGAUUGCCUGCUCCUAAUAUACAAGACAUUCGGAUCGCAGAUUGUAAGAAGUUGAGGUCGUUGCCUGAUCACAUGAAUACCUUUCUUCCCUUUCUUCGAUCUUUGGAUAUAUCUAGCUGUCCAGAACUGGAGUCAUUUGGGGAAGGCGGAGGAUUGCCAGCUCCUAAUAUACAAGACAUUCGGAUUGCAGAUUGUAAGAAGUUGAGGUCAUUGCCUGAUCACAUGAAUACCUUUCUUCCCUCUCUUCGAUCUUUGGAUAUAUCUAGCUGUCCAGAACUGGAGUCAUUUGGGGAAGGCGGACUACCUUCUAAUUUGAGUAAGCUUUCAUUUUACAGUCGCUGUAACACCUUCACAAGUGGCAUUCAGCACUGGAAUCUCCAAUCACUCACCUCUCUUACUGAGUUAAACAUCACCAUCAUGGAUAAAGCAUUGGAUUCAUUUCCACAAGAGGGGAUGCUGCCCACAACUCUCACUCAACUCUCCAUCGAAUCUCCACAUCUUAAAGCCCUAGACGGCAAGGCCUUGCUACACCUUGUAUCCCUCAAAAAGUUGUGCAUAGCAUUCUGCUAUGAACUUCAGCUCAUGCCAAAGGAGGGGUUGCCGGCAUCACUUACCAAUUUGGUUAUCAAAGGAUGUCCUUACCUAAAAUCCCGAUGCCUGCGAGACAUAGGAGAAGACUGGCAUAAGAUUGCCCAUAUCCCUUCCAUAUCACUGGAGUACAAGGAAAUAUGAAACUAUAAAUCUGUGCCAACAUCAACCGCUUUCUCUCCUAAGAACUUACAUUUUCAGGUUCUGAUAGAAACUUUUCAUAAUGAGUGGAAUUAUGCUCUCUGUUUGAUCUUUUGCCUCAAAUUUGAUGCUGGUUGAAGAUUUCUUUUCCGUGGGAAUGUUUCAAGGUUGGUUGCUUCUUAUCAUGACUGAAUUUUAGAUGUUCAUGUGGGCUCAUGGUGUUGGGGUAGCUGUUGCAAUGGAUGGGAAGAAGAGGAUCAUCUAUUCAUUCCCUCUGGAUUUUCAUCUUAAUUUUAAAUUGUGCAGAUUGAUAAUUUUAAUGUAUUUAAUUUCUGGGUUUUCAUGAGGUUCUGAGAACAAACUUUUUAUGUGGCUAGUGGCUAAAUGGUUGUUCUGAAUCUGAUGAAUGCAAAGGAGAUUAUAUAUUUUCUUCUAGGCUUUUUUUCCCCCCCUUGGGAUUUAUAUUUUGAAGUUUUAUCUUAGUGCAGCUAUUGGACGAGUAGUGGUAUGCUUUGAUUAUAUUAUAGAAAGUUGAAAGUAAACAUUUAUAUAUUUAUAUCAAAUAGUGGGAUAAUGAUUUGGAAAGGGAUUUUUAUACAUGAUUUU